GAAACUAAAAAGAGAAAUAUGUUUGAAAAGAUCGACGGUAAAGACAUAAGAGCUUAUCAAGAAAAGGAUAUCUAUGGACCGCAGAUCACCGACAAAGAUGGGGAGCUUCUUGACAAACACGACAGCUUUUAUAUAACUACAAAGAGCUUGCUGGUUCUCUUUCAAAUCAUGGGCGUCAUGCCUAUCAUGAGGGUUCCUAGACAUGCACAGACGACUAAACGUACAACUUUUAAUUGGAUUUCAAAAGCGACACUGUGGGCAUAUCUCGUAUGGAGCCUUGAAAGUAUUAUCGUCAUAAGAGUUGGCAGAGAACGUCUCGCAAACUUUCAACAGAACUCCAACAAGCGAUUUGACGAGGUUAUCUAUAAUAUAAUAUUUCUCAGCAUCCUCAUCCCACACUUUCUACUACCUAUCGCCUCCUGGCGACAUGGGCCUGAAGUUGCUAUAUUUAAAAACAUGUGGACCCAUUACCAGCUAAAAUAUUUAAAAAUAACAGGAACACCGAUUGUUUUUCCAAAUCUAUAUUCCCUUACAUGGGGACUAUGUAUAUUUUCAUGGGCACUCAGCUUCGCUGUGAUUCUCUCGCAAAAUUAUUUACAAGAUGACUUUGAACUUUGGCACUCAUUUGCAUACUAUCACAUCAUUGCCAUGCUAGACGGAUUCUGUUCAUUAUGGUACAUAAAUUGCAAUGCGUUUGGAACUGCUUCUAAGGGUUUAGCAGCAAACCUACAUAAGGCAUUAGAAGCGGAACAUCCCGCAUUGAAGUUAGCACAAUUUCGUCAUUUGUGGGUUGACUUGUCUCACAUGAUGCAGCAGUUAGGUAGAGCGUAUUCAAACAUGUAUGGCAUAUACUGCAUGGUCAUAUUUUUCACAACCACAAUUUCCUUAUACGGGUCUCUCUCUGAAAUACUGGAACAUGGUCUUAGUUACAAAGAAAUGGGAUUAUUUGUGAUAGUAGGUUAUUGUAUGACCCUACUUUUCAUCAUUUGUAACGAAGCUUACCACGCUACGAGAAAGGUCGGACUGGAAUUUCAAGUUCGUCUUCUAAACGUGAAUCUAGGAGCUAUUGAUCGUAGCACGCAGCGCGAAGUUGAAAUGUUCCUAGUUGCGAUCGCCAAGAACCCGCCCAUAAUGAAUCUUGACGGUUUCACUAACAUUAACAGGGAACUCUUCACGGCGAACAUAUCGUUCAUGUCUACAUACCUUAUAGUGUUAAUGCAGUUCAAGUUGACGCUUUUGAGGCAAGGCUCAAAGGUAGUGAAGAAAAUUGUCAACACAAUAUUUAAUACAUCUACUACUUUAGCUGAUGAUGAUGAAUUUGAUGAAUGAUUAAAAUCAAAAACAUCAGUUUUAUUUCUUCAAUAUUGUAGUAGCUUAAAUGUAGUUGUAAUACAUAUAAUGUAGUAUGGUAUAACAAUAAAAAAUUUGCAAAU